UCGUCAAUGGCGAGGACAUCGCCUUGGGAUCCCUUUGGUGGUACGUUCACGCUGGGAUCUCCUGCUUCCUCGUUCUAUUUGCGGGGAUAAUGUCGGGAUUGACCCUGGGAUUGAUGUCGCUGGGCCUCGUCGAGCUCGAGAUCCUCCAGCGGAGCGGAACCCCAACUGAGAAGAAGCAGGCUGCUCACAUCCUUCCUGUCGUUCAAAAGCAACACCAGCUUCUGGUGACUUUGUUAUUGUGUAAUGCUGCUGCCAUGGAGGCUCUUCCUAUAUUCCUUGACAAGAUAUUUCAUCCGAUUCUUGCUGUUAUCUUAUCUGUAACAUUCGUUCUAGCUUUUGGGGAGGUUAUUCCACAGGCCAUAUGUACAAGAUAUGGUCUGGCUGUGGGUGCAAAUUUUGUUUGGCUUGUCCGUAUAUUAAUGGUUGUUUGCUAUCCAGUAGCCUAUCCCAUAGGGAAGCUUCUAGAUUAUGCACUUGGACAUAAUGAGUCUGCACUUUUUAGGCGUGCUCAGCUGAAAGCUUUGGUGUCUAUCCAUAGCCAAGAGGCUGGCAAGGGUGGAGAACUCACCCAUGAUGAGACAACAAUCAUAAGUGGUGCAUUAGAUUUGACUGAAAAGACUGCUGAGGAGGCCAUGACGCCCAUUGAGUCAACUUUCUCUCUAGAUGUCAAUUCAAAACUGGAUUGGGAAGCAAUUGGCAAAAUUCUUGCUCGGGGACACAGCCGAGUUCCUGUUUAUUCGGGAAAUCCAAAAAAUAUUAUUGGCCUUCUCCUGGUGAAAAGUCUCCUCACAGUUCGCGCUGAGACAGAGACACCUGUUAGUGCUGUUUCAAUCAGAAGAAUUCCAAGGGUUCCAGCAGAUAUGCCUCUAUAUGAUAUACUGAAUGAAUUUCAAAAAGGCAGCAGUCAUAUGGCUGCUGUGGUAAAAGCUAAAAAUAAAGGAAGGAAUCCCCCACCUGUGGAUGAGAAGAAACCGAAAGAGAGUAAAAACUGUAGUGGAGACUUGACAAAACCUCUACUUUCUAAAGUAGAACAAGAAAAGGACAGUGUUGUUAUUGACAUUGAAAAACAGCAAAAUCAGGUUAAUGGAAAUAAGCCAGCAUCUUUGCAACAGAAUGAUGCGUCCCAUAUAAUUGGUCGUGUACCAGAGGAUAUUGAAGAUGGUGAAGUCAUUGGUAUCAUCACACUCGAGGAUGUAUUUGAAGAACUCCUGCAAGAAGAAAUAGUGGAUGAGACAGAUGAAUAUGUCGAUGUCCACAAAAGGAUACGCGUCGCAGCUGCAGCUGCUGCAUCUUCGGUUGCUCGAGCUCCAUCUAUUAGACGGUUAACUGGUCAGAAGGCUGUGGGAGCUCAAAAUCGACAAGGACAACCUGCCGGAAUAUUAAAGAAACCUACCGAAGGAGAUGUGAAAACACCACGAAAUCAAGUAACUCUCACAGAACCUCUCCUGGGAAACAAAUAAUAUGCACGAAAUGCAUCUCAGUAGCACCUUGGAGGAUGUAGUCUGAAACCGAGGAAAUAUGCAUGCAACCUUGAUUUUGAAUUUUGUGAGACCGUCGCGUUGAUGAUGGGUUAUGUAGUUUUGUAGCAAGAGAGAUACUGUACUAAGAACAUAAAUUAUCGGGUAUAUAAGGAAAUUGGUAAUUUUGCUGGAAUGUAAGUAGUUUGCAAGUACAUUGCGUUUAAUCGUAGUGAGGAUUUGUGUA